CUCCCCUUCUCUGCUAUGGUUGUGCCCUCUCACGCUCCGCUUCCCGGCCAGAUGAAUACUCACAAAUAUUCGUUUUCCAUGGCGAUUUUAUUUUUAUUAUGCGCUUUGAUCCCCAGAGACUCGGCAGCCUCGCUCGCCCAGCCCUUAACUCUUAGUUCCUUAUCUUACGAUGGCGCCUUCAUCGCCGACCGGAGAUGUUACGAUCCGGAAGACGACGAGUCGACGACUGCCAUGUCUUCGGCAGCUUGCAAGAACCAGACUCACCGAGGGACGGCGGCGGCGGAGGACUGUUUGGUGUGGAGCAAGGAGUGUUCGGAGACGGUGCUGAGCAUAGCUCGGUUGCCGGAGAUGGGAGAGUGGUUGAAAGGUGUGAGAAGGAGGAUCCACGAGAAUCCGGAGCUGGCUUUUGAGGAGUACGAGACGAGCCGUUUGAUAAGGGAGGAGCUAGAUCUGAUGCAAGUUAGUUAUCGAUAUCCUCUCGCCAAGACCGGAAUUCGAGCCUCGAUCGGCACCGGGGGACCACCGUUUGUUGCGAUCAGAGCUGACAUGGAUGCGCUUCCUAUUCAGGAAGCCGUGGAAUGGGAGUACAAAUCCAAAGUUGCCGGCAAAAUGCAUGCUUGUGGGCACGACGCCCAUGUGGCCAUGCUGAUUGGUGCUGCCAAGAUCUUGAAGACUCGUGAGCAUCUAUUAAAGGGAACCGUCAUUCUGAUAUUCCAGCCAGCGGAGGAAGCAGGUAAUGGAGCAAAGAGAAUGAUGCAAGACGGUGCCCUAGAGGAUGUGGAGGCUAUAUUUGCGGUUCAUGUGUCCCAUGAACAUCCAACCGCUAUAAUUGGAUCGAGGUCUGGACCUCUGCUCGCUGGGUGUGGAUUUUUCAGAGCAGUGAUUAGUGGGAAGAAGGCUCGUGCCGACAACCCACACCACUCUGUUGAUCCUGUUUUGGCCGCUUCUGCUAUAGUGACCAGCUUACAGGGUAUUAUCUCUCGGGAAGCCAAUCCAUUGGACUCACAGGUCGUGUCGGUUACUUCAUUCAAUGGAGGCGACAGUCUCGACAUGAUACCGGACACGGUGGUCCUAGGUGGAACCUUCAGAGCUUUCUCCAACGCUAGCUUUUACCAGCUUCUUGGGAGGAUAGAGCAGGUCAUCGUGGAGCAGGCCAGUGUAUACAGAUGCUCGGCAGAAGUGGACUUCUUUGAGAAGGAAUAUACCAUUUAUCCACCCACAGUAAAUGAUGACCGAAUGUACGAACAUGUGAAGAAGGUGUCCGUGGAUUUGCUGGGUCGAUCGAAUUUCAGGGAAGUUCCUCCGAUGAUGGGUGCCGAAGAUUUCUCGUUUUAUUCAGAGGUGGUUCCGGCAGCCUUCUUCUACAUCGGGGUUAGGAAUGAGACGUUGGGAUCUACUCACACGGGACACUCCCCAUAUUUCAUGAUCGAUGAGGAUGUUCUUCCCAUAGGCGCUGCCACUCAUGCCGUCAUUGCAGAGAGGUACCUCCUCGAACAAGGUUGAUGUCCAAAGCAGCAAUGUGUUUCUCAACUUGUACAAAACCGAAGCGCAAAACUUCAUCCCCUCUUUCUUGUGGCUUUAGUUAUCGGUUAAGGUUGUGAAGCCAUUCUUUUCCCGUGUGGAGGGUAGGUAUGCCCAUGGGGCACCAAAGUCUGCGUUAUAACGUCAGCGGUUGUUUAGUAUCUCCCCUCCUUAUCUUAGUUUCGGAGACAGAUGUCUAUAAAUAUAGAGUAAUAAACAGGUUCAUUUUAUUAUAUCCUCAUAAUGGUGAUUGACCUUCAUUCUUCUCAAA